AGGGUGGUUUUGCAUCCCGCCUGGACCCCCAUGCUUGCUUCCCCACUAUGAGGAGAGCGCCCAGACGCCAACGUGAGAGGUGGGCUUUGACAGCUCCUCACCGGGAACCGCUGAAUACCGAGCACUUGGCCGAGGUCUGCAGCUGAGAGUCCCCUCUUAUAUGAAAAAGAGUUGCCUACCUGCUCAGAGUGAUGUGUAUGUCUGGCCUUGAUAGAUUCUAUACAAGUGGAUUUGAUAUAUCUCCGCCGCCAUAAUGAAAAAGUUUGCUUGCUGGAGUUGUCCGCUAGUUCUUUGAGUUUCACUCGAGCAUCUCUUUCUGGAAAGCUGAGUGGAAGAGGAAUUAGGGCAAUGUCAAGACCAUGCCAGCAUUAUGAAUCCAGAAAUUGCAUAGCAACGACAUGCGACUCGCGGAUUUUUGUGCAAUUACUGCUCGUCUCAGAAGAAACAUUUGGUCCUUCAUCUCAUCUUACUUUUGCUCCAUCACCUGGCUUCGACCUGUGUUAUACUUUGCCCCGCUUAUCUUUGCAGCGAGACGUGCAAUGAGUGCCCCAAACACCACAAACAUUCAACAUCGAGCGUUUUAUGCACGCUCUGUUAGUCGACCACCUGUGGCUCACCUGGUCAAGACUACUUAGGAAGGUCAAUAGACCAUAUGUGCGAUAGAGCAGAUCAAGCUAUCUUUCACGGCGAGCGAAUGUUUCAGACUACAUCGGACACGUGGUGUAAAGGAUACCUCAUUGGUGCAAUUUUUAUUGCUAAACGCAUUUUGACUCUGCACGAAUAAAACACCGCAUCAUCUCCUUGUGCACUUACUUUCCUUGCAGGACUGUUUAUUCUUUCUUUAGAAAGAGGGAACUUUUUUCUUUUUCGGCCACAUCCGUCAUUUCAUGCGUCGGCACUGCUCCUCUCCCAUGCACGGCUUAUGCGCCUUUAUCGAUAUGUCAUCUAUGGUCCCCGCACUGGGGCGUUGGACAGUGGCUGUCGAGAAAUGCUCUGUCGCUCAGGGACCUGCUUAAAAUUGAAUUGGCACCUGCACCAAUGCACCUGCUAUCGACCAUAUCAUUUACGGACCUGCUCAAAUUGACCUUGGCCCCGUGAGGCCCAUGCCAAAAAAAAAAAAAAA